AUGAAGCCAGAUAUCAAGGAUCGAGAAUACAUGUACAAAUUGAUAAUCGGGUGAGUUUCUUUUUAUACAAAAUAAACUUGGAAAUUUUGAAUGAACAAUUAUUUAAGACAGUUGUUUUAUGAUGGACAUCAACAAAGCGCAAUAAGUCUUGCCAAUUUGAUGGGUUGUUCAGCUCAACCACCACCACCCUCUGAUAAACUCUUCCGACUUGUUUCAAUUGCAAAACAAUUCGUUGAAGAUCCAGAUUACAAAGAGGACUGUGGUCUCCCAUUUGAAACAGUAUCUUCUGGAUUAGAUCUUGAAUAUGACGCAGAUAUUCAACCAACAUCUCCAGAACCAUCACAAUAUGAAACUAUUUAUUUGACUGUUCACAAAGCUCCAUGCAGAGCAGCUGCUUUCAAUUCAGACGGUAAGUGAUUUGGAUAAUUUUCUAGUUCAAAUACAGUUUGGAUUUCAAGGAUCUCUGGUUGCGACAGGAUCAGCCGAUUGUUCAAUCAAAAUUAUGGAUGUUGAAAGAAUUCUUGCGCGCGAAAGAGAACAUCGAGAAAUGAAUGAAAAUAAUCCAGAUGCACAUCACCCAGUUAUUCGAACCUUAUAUGAUCAUAUGGAUGAUGUGAAUGUUGUUGCUUUCCAUCCAAGAGAUCCCAUUUUGAUAUCUGGUUCAAAUGAUAAAACAAUCAAACUUUUUGAUUUCUCAAAAACCGCAGUGAAAAGAGCCAUGAAAACAUUAUCAGAGGUUUAUCCAAUUCGCGCAAUUUCUUGUCAUCCUGGAGGCGAAUUUAUUUUAGUUGGAACAGAUCAUCCAACUCUCCGAUUAUACAACAUGGAAACUGCGCAGUCAUUUGUAUGCGCAAAUCCAGAUGAUCAACACGCUGAUUCAGUUACAGAUGUAAAUAAGAUGUGUAUUUGGAGAUUUAAAAAAAUAAUGAAAAUUAAUUUCAGGUUCAAUAUUCGGAUAACGCAAGAUUAUAUGUAACAGCUUCAAAAGAUGGUGAUGUAAAAGUUUGGGAUGGUGUUUCAAAUCGUUGUGUCGAAACAUUCAAAAGAGCCCACGACGGAUCAGCAAUUUGUUCCGCAAAAUUCACAAAAAAUGGAAAAUAUAUUAUUACAAGUGGUAUGGAUAGUAUUGUAAAACUUUGGGAAUUAUCAACAAAUCGUUGCCUAAUUGCAUAUACUGGAGCUGGUGCAACUGGAAGUCAAGAUCAUCCAAUUCAUGCAUUAUUCAAUCAUAACGAAGAUUACGGUUCGUUCUUUUUUGCUAGUGAAAAAUAAAAACAAUGAAGUGUUUCAGUGUUAUUCCCGGAUGAAAAAAGUGGUAGUUUAUGUUCAUGGGAUGCUAGAAACGCUGACAGAAAACGAUUAUUGGCACUUGGACAUACAUCAUCAACUCGAACAUUUGUUCAUUCUCCAACAAUGCCAGCAUUUUUAACAGGAAGUGAUGAUCAUCGUGCACGAUUCUGGUAUCGAAAACCGACAAAUACAUCUAUGCUCGGCUGA